UUCACCCCCGCCCAGUGCCUCUUCUGCAACAUCCUCUCCACGUCAUUUUCCACAAAUCUCACUCAUAUGCACAAGAAGCACGGCCUCUUCAUCCCCACUAACAUCGACGAUGGUACAAAAGUGCUCGUCGUCGACGUCGAGACCAUCGUCCGGUACAUGCACCUCGUGGUCUUUGGCUACCAAGAAUGCCUGUCUUGCCAUACGCAACGGCAGUCCCCACACGCGGUGCAGCAGCACAUGAUGGGGAAGGGACACUGUCAUGUUGACCUUGAGGGAGAGACGAGCGAGUUUCGUGAUUUCUAUGAGGAUGCUGAGGGGAUGUUUGGCAGCGGUGAGGACGGUGACACCAGCAUAGAUAAAGGCAACCUCCGCCUCGCAUCUGGCAAGGUCCUCGUCCAUCGCUCCGCCCCGGCUCCGAAGAAUACCCACCACAGACCGCUGUCCCUUGGCGGCUCAAGAAGGUCUGGCCAGCGCGGCAUCGAAUAUCUUCUGGGCGAUCUAGCCCCCGAGUCUGAAGCUCAACCCCAGCCCAAGUCUGCUCUCACCGUGGCACUUACCAAAAUGUCCGUCCGCGACCGAACCGCGCUGGCACACCUCACGCCUGCCGAGAGACGGUCGACCAUCAUCGGACAGUUCAAGCAGCAGGAACGGCUGCGGACGGUGGAAAGGAAGUACUGGAGUCGGAUGGAAGGAAUGGGUAAUCAGGUGCUUAUGAAGCACUUCAAACCGGACGUGCCGGGACCAAAAUUGGGAUGA